GAUCUUCGUUCGGCUCGCACGGUUUGGGGGUCUGGGCCACUGAGUCUAUCGUACAAACUGAAACCUGAGCAUAGUCAGUUGUGUAUUUUAUUUAAAAGCGUGUGCGAAAAAAAGAACUUGGCUGAGCUAAAGUCGAGUCGUCUAGAACCCGGAAGCGAUGCUCUGUUAGUUGUGCUUGUUGGUAGAUUCCUGUAGCAAAGUGUUCCUAAGCAAAAUAUCGUUCCAAGUGAAAGUAAACUUCCUCGUCGAGAAAAUGUUCAAGUUGAUUACAUCACGUACCACUCAGCAAAUAAUUAGGAAGAGUCUGGCCAAAACCUGUUUGAUGGAUGCUGUUGGAGCUAGCAGCAACCGUGCCAUCAGCAAUAUAAUCACGUUCCAACAAAUGCGUCUGAUCCAGAGCGUCUCCAGAAGUUUGUCCACAUCCCAGCCGAAGCUGCAAAACGAAGAGGUUGAGGUCACAUUUGUGCGAGCCAGUGGAGACCGGAUAAAAGCCAAGGGCAAGGUCGGCGAUUCGCUGCUCGAUGUGAUCGUCAACAAUCAGAUCGACCUGGAGGGCUUCGGGGCGUGCGAGGGCACGUUGACCUGUUCCACUUGCCAUCUGAUCUUCUCGCAGGCCGAUUACGAUGCACUGCCGGAGAAACCGGGCGAUGAGGAGCUGGACAUGCUGGACCUGGCCUACGAGCUGACCGAUACUUCCCGGCUCGGGUGUCAGAUCGUGCUGUCGAAGGAAAUGCAGGGAUUGGAAGUGCGGGUGCCUGCCACUAUCAACGACGCAAGAAGUUAACACACCGUCGAGCGGAACGACGCACUAAAUGUUACCGGAUGCAUAUACGUUUCUUUUGUUAUGGCAAUAGUUCCGUUUACUUGAUAGAUGUUUUUCCUUUUUUAUGUUAAAAUAAAAGUACACCAUUCAAUGGAUAGCGAAGCGCAAUUUAAUGUUAUAGGAAUCGAUUCAAACGAAAUGCAAGAUCAUCUUGGUUGGAUAGACAAGAUAUAAUCUGGCAAGCAAACAGUCCAAGUAAACACAGUGCGGAAGCAAAUAAUUUUAAUUGUUUAUGAAACAGAAAUGUGUUUUAAAUAAAUGGGUAAAUGUUAUAAUUGCAUU